UGCUUUCUGUUCAUUCAGCUUUCGUCAAUCUUAUCUUCCAAUACCUUAAUCAUGACGCGCCAUCCUCAGAUAUCGUUCCCUCCUUCUCCGCCUAAGAGCCCAAAGCUCAAUGGUAUUCGUGUUCAAAUACCUGAGAAUCCAGUUCUUAUGGAAGCCUUUCAAUGGCACGCACCCGGGGAUCACAAGCAUUGGAAACGAUUACAAGCUGCGCUUCCCUCAUUGUCGGCGAUUGGCAUCACAGAUCUUUGGCUACCACCAGGCUCGAAGGGAAAAGACGCUGAGAGCAAUGGUUACGACAUCUACGAUGCAUGGGAUCUGGGAGAAUUUGACCAGAAAGGCACCAUACCGACUAAAUGGGGGACCAAGCAAGAUCUUGUUAACCUUGCAGUGAACGGCAGGCAUUACGGCAUUGGCUUGAUGUGGGAUGCGAUUCUCAACCACCGAGCUUUCGCAGAUGAGACUGAGACAGUGAAAGUCGUGGAAGUGGAUCCAAGAAGUAUGAACAUAUCCUUCCUCUCUGCUAUACUAUGCCUAAUUGAUUCUCAAUUGCCAGAUCGGAACGAAGACAUCACCGAACCCUUCGAUAUUACAGCUUGGUCAAAGUUCAACUUCGAAGGUCGAAACGGAAAAUACAGCACUUUCAAAUUCAAUAAGAAGCAUUUCAACGGUACGGACUGGGAUCAGCGGACGGAAAAGCGCAGCAUCUACCGAUUCGUCGAAGACGGCAAAGAUUGGGCCCAGGAUGUGGGCAAGCUACAAGGCAACGCUGAUUAUCUCAUGCUCGAGAACAUUGACUACACUAGCGCCGAGGUCGUAGUAGACACUACACGGUGGGGGGAGUGGAUCGUGGAAGAGCUAGGCUUGAGCGGGUUCCGCUUGGAUGCCGUGCAGCACUAUAGCUGGAACUUCGCCGAUAAAUGGACACAACACCUGAAGAGAACAAGCCCAAAUGAAUUGCUGUGUGUAGGCGAGUUCUGGAAUGGGGAUGUGAACGUUUUGCUGGAAUGGAUGGAGAAUGUCUCGCCCGACUUCAAAUUAUAUGACGUCCCUCUCAUGUAUAGACUGGCGCGACUAUCGAGCUUCGAGGAUACCGAUCUUAGAGCAGUGUUUCACGAUACGCUUGUGCAGCGAAAGCCCAACUCUGCAGUCACUUUCCUCCGUAACCAUGAUACACAAAAGGGUCAAGACAUGGACACGCCCAUCGCGUACAGUUUCACACCACAUACGCACUCACUCCUCCUCUUGCGACAAGAUGGACACCCUUGCAUCUUUUUUGGCGACCUCUAUGGUAUAUCCUCAGGACCCUGCCUCGAACCACCAACCUGCUACGGUAGACUCCCUGGUUUGAUCUUAGCUCGGAAGCUCUACGCCUAUGGUCCGCAAACCGACUAUUUUGAACGUUCCGAUCGCAUAGGCUGGACGCGAGCAGGCACCGAAACCCAUCCCGAUGGUAUGGCGGUCAUUCUUUCAUGGAUACAGGGUGAAGAUUGGGAAAGCACCAUGCCGAGUAUAAAAAUGAGUGUUGGAAUCGAUCACGCCGGAGAGCUGUGGACAGACGUUUUGGGGUUCGAGUGGAGUGCCGUUGUUAUUGAUGACGAGGGUUGGGGCCGGUUCCCGUGCCAGAAGAACGGAAUGGCGUGUUUUGUCAACGAAGUGGCAAAGGGGAGGGAACAAUUUCCGGUGCGGUUCAAUACAGAUUUCCAAAGUCUGGUAUUGUAGGAGAUGUGUAAUGAUAUGGUCAGGGAUGGUAUAAUAUUUGGCGUUUGUGAUAUUGGAUACCUAGGUAAAAUGAAACUGCAUGCUGCAGGUAGCAUAGCAUAAUCGUGAUCGUGUAAAUAGCUGAUAACGCACAUUAAUAUUGAUCGAUCUAGUUGACAGUCGGGAUUGUAUUUGUGUUCACAUGAGAUGAUAUCUGGUGAGAUUACUCGAACAUGGUGAAUUCAUUUGUCCUUCACGACAGUGUGGAACUAGUCUUGUAUGGAAGAAAACUGCACUUACCUUCCAGACAAAGGCACGGUCCACCACCAACAUUCAGAUAUGCCCAAGCAGACUUGACCGAUACCUGUCCUCCUUUAUCAAGCUACCUCCCAGGUUUAAAUUUGUCGGCAUCUUCUCCGUAUAGAUCUUUGCGAUGAGGUGAGGCGUAAGUACUCCAAAGCACGAUUUGUCUGUUAGGCACGAAAAUAGGGGCUUUUCUACCUUUUCCGCCUCUCGUGUUAUCUUGAUAGUUUUGCAUUCAUGUACUUCUUUCGCUAUUCGGAUGCAGAUCCCCGCACGAUCGAUU